AAGCAUGUGUCCUCAAGCGUAGGCUGCAGAGGCUGGCCACUGGCCGGAGAGCUCGGGCGGCAGGACAGCAUCAGGGAGCAUGAGUUCCAAGUCGAACUCCGUGGGGGUCAUCGGAGCCCCCUUCUCCAAGGGACAGCCUCGAGGAGGGGUAGAACAAGGCCCUUCAGCACUGAGAAGAGCUGGCCUGCUGCAGAAACUGAAAGAACAAGAGUGCGAUGUGAAGGACUAUGGGGACCUGUCCUUCGCGGAUGUCCCUAAUGACGUCCCCUUUGGAAUUGUGAAGAAUCCCAGGACCGUGGGGAAAGCCACAGAGCAGCUGGCAGGCGUGGUGGCCGAGGUGCAGAAGAGCGGCAGAGUCAGCGUCGUGAUGGGCGGAGACCACAGCCUGGCGAUUGGUACCAUCUCUGGCCAUGCCAGAGUCCACCCGGACCUCGGUGUCAUCUGGGUCGACGCUCACACAGAUAUCAACACUCCUGUGACCACCACCAGCGGGAACUUGCACGGCCAACCUGUGUCCUUCCUCCUGAAGGAACUGAAAGGAAAGAUCCCAGAGGUGCCGGGCUUCUCCUGGGUGACACCCUGCCUGUCUGCCAAGGACAUCGUGUACAUUGGCUUGAGAGACGUGGACCCUGGGGAGCACUGCAUUGUGAAAACCCUGGGUAUCAAGUAUUUUUCAAUGACUGAAGUAGACCGAUUGGGAAUCGGCAAGGUGAUGGAGGAAACGCUGGCCUAUCUACUAGGAAGAAAGAAAAGGCCAAUUCAUCUGAGUUUUGAUGUGGACGGGCUGGACCCUUCCAUCACGCCUGCUACCGGCACACCUGUCGUGGGAGGCCUAUCUCACCGGGAAGGCAUCUACAUCACAGAAGAGAUUUACAAGACAGGGCUGCUCUCCGGGCUGGACAUCAUGGAGGUGAACCCAGCGCUGGGGAAGACCCCAGAGGAGGUCACUCGGACCGUGAACACAGCGGUGGCAGUGACGCUGUCUUGCUUUGGGGUGGCUCGCGAGGGUAACCACGACCCUCAGAAGGACUACUUUUCACCCCCCAAGUAAAUGUGGAAACACGGAAACCUCACAGCUAGUAACAUAAUUAGCCACCUAAUAAUUUAUUUAAGCCUGUAAUUAGCCUCCCAAAGAUGUUUUUUUCCCCCAAAUUGUUCCCCAACUUGCAUGACGAUGUCCUCU